AGGGCUACAAAAGUAGGAAAUUACGAGCAGCACGGGAAGGCAGCAGGAGAAACAGUCAGGGGGACAGAAUUCGCAAUAUUUGUGGAUAUAUUUCGCGAUGGAUUCACAACCUCCACCAAAGCCAUGGGAAAGGCGGAUCCCAGGGGCAAUGAGCGCACCUGUAAAUUACAGGUCUACAGAUUUUGCACCAGCUUCGGGCCCCUCCACUUCUGCCGGCCCACCUGUCCUAACCAGGAUGGCGCCCCCAGUACCCCCAGUGCCUCCUCGUCCUGUCCAGCAGUCCUACCGUCCAUCCUACAACUCUUUUGCCUCUUCUUACAGCCCCUAUGGGAGCUCCAUCUAUGGCGGUUACAGCCCCUACAGCUAUGGUGGUGGGUAUGGCCUGGGAGGGUACAGUCGCUUCUCCCACAUGGAUGACAUUGCCCCUAGUAGGUUUGUGCAGCAGGCAGAGGAGGGCAGCCGUGGCGCCUUUCAAUCCAUCGAGAGCAUUGUCCAGGCCUUUGCCUCAGUUAGCAUGAUGCUGGAUGCCACUUUCUCUGCUGUGUAUAACAGUUUUCGUGCUGUGCUAGACGUAGCCAACCACCUAACACGGCUGCGUGCACACCUCACCCGAGUCUUGUCAGCCUUUGCUCUGGUACGCACCCUGCGUUACCUCUACCGACGGUUACAGAGGCUGCUGGGGCGGGGGUCAGAUGCUGAAGUCGAGGACUUAUGGGCAGACAGUGCCACUGAUGCCCUAGCUACUAGUUCAUCCAGAGGGUAUGGAGCAGGAAUAGAUGACCAGACUGUCAAAUCCUGGCCAAUCUUCCUGUUUUUUGCUGUCGUCUUGGGUGGACCCUACCUCAUCUGGAAACUGCUAAGCUCCAGCCCCCGCUCUGAAGAAAAUGCCACUAACUGGGCCAGCGGAGAGGAUGACCACGUUGUGGCUAGAGCAGAGUAUGACUUCUCCGCUGCUUCUGAGGAGGAGAUUUCUGUGCGGGCAGGAGACAUGCUUAACCUCGCUCCUAAAGAGCAACAGCCCAGGGUGCGUGGCUGGCUGCUGGCCAGCGUGGAUGGUCAGAUCACAGGGCUUGUCCCAGCCAACUAUGUCAAAGUCCUUGGUAAGAGGAGAGGCCGUAAGCACGCAGAGAUGGAGAGGCUUUCUCAGAUCCAGCAAGAGAACACACAGGCCUCCCAGACAGCCUUGGCUGCACACCCACAACCGAAUCCUGCCCAAGGCUUUAUCCCAAGCCUUGGUUCAGCCUCCACCUCAGCCUCUGCAGAGGAGCUGUUAGAGUCAGUGUACAGACAAACACCAGCCCCCUUCAGUCUGGGAACAUCCAACUCUAGUGUGCCCUCCAACACAGUGCUAAACAUCCCUGAGAAGACUGAUCUGUGAUGUUUGUUCAGGUAUAUUUCUGUGUCUGUGUGAGCUCAUAAUACUGGUUGGCUCAGUCAGUACUUGUUUGCAAUGUUAGACUCUGAAGCUUGACUAAUAACUAUACAUAUCUGGGAAAACAUAAUGGACCUUAUCAAGAAUUGCUUGAAGUAGUUCCUAGGCUCAUCUAUAAUGAUUCAAAUCAUCUAACAUCACCUGGACCUUCUGAUGAGGUUAUUGGUUAAAAUGCUGUUUGUACUGUUCUGUUUGAACCAGUAUGUUUCAAAUUAGGACGUUAUCUUUACAUAUCUUUAGUCAGAACUUGUAUGGGAAAGAAAGGAUUGUGCAUUCUCUAAAUAUGGUACACUUCUCUUCUCAAGAUCAUGUCUGAUACAUGAUGUCAUGUCUUUAGAUCAUUCAGUAACAGAAACAAUUUCAAUGUUUAAGUUAAGGAAAUGCACUGAUGAGUCACCUGUAUGACAGUGUAAGAGCAAAGCCAAUGCGUUUUAUAUGAUACUAUAAUGAUGUAACCUUGUGUUUGAUCUUGGCCUUGUCUUCUUUAUGAAGCAAAUGUGAUUGGAUCCAUUCAGGAUGAGAAGAGGCUGAUUUUGCACAUUUUCAACAGUUCACAGGAAAUAAUUUUGUAAAUAUUUAAUAUAAUUAUUUUGAGAAUAAAUAUUUUUCAAAAUUA